AUGGAUCCCACUGGAAUCCCAUUUCUUCCAGAUCCUGUUCGAUGCACUCCAGCAAUGUUACCGAAUAAUCCGGACGAGGAUUUCCGCCACUCUUCCUUUUUCAAAACCUGGACGCAUCUACCUUCGCCGGAAGCUGUCCGUUCUAUGGCUCGUGCUCAAUAUCUAGCAGGCUCCAGUCCGGACAAGAGAAAGACUCUUGGGGAAAAAGGCCCAUUUUAUUCUCCACCACCUGUUGUAUUUGCAUCCGCGAAUUUGUUUGUCAAGUGGGGUUCCAAUGUGACAAUUGCAGAAGGCCAGAGUCUCUAUGCUGUUCACCACUUCCUAGAAGGAGGCGUGCCAAUUCCUGAAGAUCCAAGGGACCCCUUUGUAGGCAGCAUCAGGCGAGGCCAUAUUUAUGACAGAGCCAUUGGUGAUCAGUUCACAUUGGAUGCAGGGCCAUUUUGUUCUGUUAAAGAGUUUCAUGACUGGUUUGCUUUCCUCUGUCGGCGCCGUAUGGAAGAUCCAUACUCUACCCCCAUGGAGCCAUUCCGCUCCGACCUCCCUGAUGAUGCUGAAAUAAAAUUCACGCAUGGGGAUCUUCACCGGAGUAAUAUCAUGGUAAAAAAGUCGGAUUCAUGGCAGAUCAUCGCCAUUGUUGAUUGGGAGCAAUCAUGCUGGAUGCCAGAAUACUGGGAGGCUCGAAAGGCAAGCUUCACCGCAGAAUGGAAUAGUGAAUGGAAUAGCAGGUAUUUGCCAAGCAUACUGCAGCAAUAUGAGAGCACAGUGGAUGCGUGGUACUGGUAUACAUCGUCAACGGGACCAUAG